CCACUUCCUCUUUCUGAAGCCGCGCCUGGUUUCCUUUUGGUGGGACGGGGGGGCUGACCGACAGGCGGACGACAGCCCAUCAGCAGAAAAAAAAAAACACCAUGUGAAGAAAAAGUAUAUAAAAAGGGACACGAAAAGCAAACUUGUGAGGGUGGGAACACAUUCAUUCGUCUCACCAUCACCCCGGUCAGCGGUUUCUUAACGGCUCGGCAGAGAGCGAAUGGACAGAGCGGGAGAGGAGCUGGACAGUCUCACCAACGGUAAAAGACACAAAUACCAUGCCAACCGGUGAUGGCCCCAGCCGCUUCCCGGUCUUUGUGGCUCCGCCCCACGGAAACCACCAGAGGCCUCCAGGUUAUGUCCCUGGUCGGGUGGCUCCAGUCCGCUCGCCACCACCUGCCAAAGCUCCACCGCCUCCACCGAUGAAACCUCACGGGCCCCCGCCACAGCGCCCAGCCGCUUUCAACCUGACAGAGGGGAACCAGCGUAGGGAGCGUGCCCAGAGCCUCCAGCAAAGAAAGAACACAGUUAUCUGUUUUGGAGUGUCGAUGGGGGCUUUCUUCCUCACCCUCAUCCUCGUCCUUAGUCUCAAAGUUGGAGACGCGUUAGAUGAGAAUUGUCCGGACCACAACUCAUCCCUGAGUAGCUGGAACCCAGGCCACCAACCAGAGAAGGCCGUUAUUGUCAGGAGGGGACAUUUGUUCAGAUUGGAUUCUUCUGCUACCUUCCAUACCCUAACCAUCCAGUCAGGAGGUAAGGUGGUUUUUGCAGACAACGCUGACGGCUCCAAAAACAUAACCUUGAGAACACGGCACAUCCUUAUAGAAGAUGGUGGAGCCCUUCACAUCGGUGGUCCCAAAUGUCGCUACCGCUCUCGCGCCACCAUUGCCCUUGUGGGUCGCUCUGACAACAUGGCAGUCCCUGAAGUGCCUGGCAUGGGGCGCAAGUUCAUAGGCGUCGCGGCCGGUGGGACUCUGGAGCUACAUGGCACCGAGAGGGUUUCCUGGACUCUUCUGACCCGAAGUGUCCCGGCCACCGGUCUGGCAACAGGGGGUCACGCCUUCCAGCGGAACUUCAGCAGAGGCAUCAACGUGCGUGUGGUGGACCAGGACACAGCUGCUGUGCUGUUGUCUGAACGCUACGACACACACGAGUCUCGUAAUGACAGUGGGCGGCUUACCCAGCUGCUGGGGACCCUGCCGGCGGGCCGCAUUGUCGCUCUGGCUGUAGGAGACUCGGCUGUCAAAAGUCUUUUGGACGAAACUAAGAAGGCCAUUGAAGAGAAGCUCGGCAGCAGCUUUGUCUAUGAUCUUAAAUACAGACAGGCGUGGGCUUUGGUGUCGAUUGUUGGUGGUGGUAACGCGUCAUGCUCAGAGGACGUUAGGGAACAUGAAAACCACGACACCAGAGGGAGAGCUCUGGCAAGACGGAACUUCACCACCGUGGACGGAGUGGCCUUCUCGGUCACCGCCUACAGCGAGUGGAAGAAUGGUUUCCCCAUCUCAGGCUUCCAGGUGGAUGCUGUGGACCAGGUGGUGCUGAACCUGCAGGACGAAGUGCAGCAGACCUGGCAACCCGGGGAUCAGAUUGUAGUUGCCAGCACAGACUACUCCAUGCACCAGGCUGAAGAGUUUACUUUGUUGCCCUGCUCUCACUGCACCAGCAGGCAGGUCAGGAUACAAGGGAAACCUCAGUAUAACCAUGUUGGAGAGAUCAUAGAUGGCAUCGACAUGCGUGCUGAAGUGGCGCUGCUCUCCAGAAACAUUUUCAUCUACGGGGAAAUGGAAAGCUCAUGCUAUGGAGACAAUGUGUGCCAGUUCUACAACCAAGACACUUAUGGAGGCCACAUCAAGAUCCUUCGUAACUUCUCAUCCGUGCAUCUGUCCCACGUGGAGCUGAAGAACAUGGGCCAGCAGCGUGAGAAAGGGCGCUACCCCCUCCACUUCCACAUGUGCGGGGAUGUGGACCAGAGGGGAGGCUAUCGGGAGCCCACCUAUGUGGACGGACUUUCCAUACACCACUCCUUCUCCCGUUGCCUCACCAUCCACACCACUAACGGCUUGCUGGUGAAGAACACUAUAGGCUAUGACACCCUGGGUCACUGUUUCUUCCUUGAGGAUGGGAUUGAGCAGCGUAACACCUUCUACCACAACCUUGGCCUGCUGACUCGACCCGGGACUCUGCUGCCCACUGACCGCAAUGAGACGCUCUGCACCAGCAUCAAGGACAAAGUCUACAAGGGCUACAUUCCCUCACCCAGCACAGAGUGCAAGGCAGUGUCAACAUUCUGGAUCGCCAACCCCAACAACAAUCUCAUCAGCAAUGCAGCUGCUGGUUCGCAGGAUGCUGGCAUAUGGUUUGUGUUCCACAGCUCUUCCACCGGAGCGUCUCAUGGGCUGGUACCAGAGACCCGAGCAGAGCUCACUCCUCUAGGGAUUUUUUACAACAACCGCGUACACUCCAACUUUAAGGCAGGGCUGUUCAUUGAUAAAAGAGUGAAGACCACCAAUGCUAGUGCUGCCGACCCCCGGGAAUACCUGUGUCUUGAUAACAGUGCCAGAUUCCGACCCCACCAGAAUGCUGACCCUAGCCGUCCACGGGUGGCGGCAGUCAUUGGCUCUCUGAUCUCCUUCAAGAACAACGACUUGGGAGCGUGGAUACGGGGAGGUGACAUCACCAUCCAGGACUCUGGAUUUGCAGACAACGGAGUGGGAUUGUCCUUUGCCAGUGAUGGCAGCUACCCGAAAGAUGAAGGCUCCAGCCAGGAGGUGACCCAGUCUCUGUUUGUGGGUGAAAGCCGAAACCGAGGGACUAAUGGAGGACAGAAUAAAUACUGGGGUUUAGGAGGGACUGAUGCAAAGAUGAGGACUCUGCCUAGAAACAGGACGUUCCCCAUCCGAGGUUUCCAGAUCUAUGAUGGUCCGGUGCGGCUUACGCAGAGCACAUUUCGUGGAUUUGUCCCCACACCGGAGCGUUAUACCAGCGCAGUGGGAUUCAACCUGAAGAACACAUGGCAGCUCACCCCACGAAACAACCUGUCACAGCUCAACUUCCAAUCCACCGUGGGUCUGCGGGCGUUCUUUGGUCGCCCCGGGCAGUGGUUUGAAGAGAACGACCUGGAUGGCGACAAAAACUCCUUCUUUCAUGAUGUGGACGGGUCAGUAACCGGCUACACAAACACCUACGUCGGCAGAGCGGACAAUUACCUGAUCCAACAUCCUGGCUGUGUCAACGUAUCCCAGUGGAAUGGAGUGAUCUGCAGCGGCCGCUACUCUCAGGUGUACAUCCAGACCCAGGGAGCCCCCAGCCUCAGUUUAUCUAUCAGCAGAGAUGAAUACCCUCAUGCUCCUCUGGUACUCAGGGGGAUUAACAGCCAGGCGGCGCUGUCUCAGCAGUACCAGCCCAUCCUCAUGAUGAGCAAGAGCUACACUCUGCAUUGGAGUGGACCUGCACCCCGAGAGGUUGUCCUCUCUCUCAUCAACUUUGACAAAGAUGACUGGGUGCUGGUGGGACUCUGUUACCCAUCAGACACCACAUUUCAGAUUAUGGCCGACAUCAAUGAUAGGCAAAACAACACCUUUGAUGACCUCACAGACUACGGCACUGUGCCAUCCAUCGCAGAGCUGGAGAAGAGGCCGAUGGAGCGGAAGUACUUCUUUGACCGACCUGUUGGCUUGUUGUGGCUCUACCUUCGGGCCCGGCACGCCCGUGACGGCCACAGCUACUGUUCGGUAGAAGGCUGCGAAAGAGUAAAAGUCAUGGCCACCACGUCCUCCAAACAGACCUGUAACUGUACGGCCAAGGCCUACCCCAAGUACUCCAAGACACCCUCAGCCGUGGUGCCUAUGCCGGCCCUUAAUACACAACCCUGCAAAGACUGUGGCGCUAAACAACUUGUGUUUUCCAGUGAGCCAUGGACCUCCUACCUCCAGACACAAGUCAAGUCUCUCAGCAGCAAAGAGCAGCAGCAAGGAGAUAACAGCUCGUUUAUUACUGUGAAUGAGGUGACCAUGGUUUUCUCUCAGCCUGGGUAUUUCAUAGUGUCAGUGGACGCCUGCUCUGGGAAGGUCACAAAGAAAACCUCAUUUACCAAGAUGGACGCCAAGAUGGAGCAGUACCUAAAAACUGGAAUACCAAAGAGUUCUAUAGUGCUCAUGGCAACACGAGGUCAACCAGAAGGCUUGGUGGGUGUAGCAUCAUAUCUGGUCUCUUUUGGUCUGGCCAAACCUGCUGAUCUGCACAGUAAAGAGAGUCUGGCACUUUGGGGGUUCCAGGGUGGUUCUUCACCCCCUCCUUGGGUCUUGCUACAAGCCGGACAGGGGGAGGAGUUCCUGGGGCUGCAGGAGCGGUACUUGCCUCUGGGUUUGGAGGCAUACGGCUGUACGCCACCUGCACCUCACACGCGCAAAGACCUGGAGCUACUCAAAAUAGCCACGGGACUACAAUGACCAAUGUGAACUUAACAACUUAACUACCCAGAACACUCUUGCACACAGAUGCACAAACACACGCAACCAGCUGAUGAAUGUGAACUGCUGAACCUUUUAAUUUAUUAACAAUGGUAAAGAUGUUUACCAAUUUUAAGUAGAGAGAAGGUAUUUUAUUAUGAAGGGGGGGUGAGUAUUUUUGUGCAUGUCUGUGCGCGUGUAGAAGUCAAAGUAUGCCUCGGGGCCAUUAAGGCAAUGCACUUUCCUUUAAAGACACAACUUGCCUUAUCAACCAAAGUGAUCAAAUGGAGCUUUACAAUAACUCAGUUUAUCUUUUUGUUUAUCUUGGAACAGAAGACAAACCAAGCCAAAGCAACUUUUAAUGUCUACCUACGCAUCUUAUUGUUCAUUAUGGAGUUAAUUAAAAUCAAAUGAAUUGAGUCUCAAUGCAUUAGAUACACACAAGCCAAAAAAUAAUUAUGAAAAUAAAUUGCAUUGUCCCUGAAAUGAGACCAUGUUCGAUUAGAACAGAGGAUGAAACAAGAUGGAUUAGAUGAGCUCAGGUCAGAGGGAAAUAACGAAAAUAAAUGCCAAUGCAUCUGAGAAUUAAACGGCACAAUUAAGCCAAAACAAUCUAGUAAACAGAGCCUGUGUGCCAUCAAGAAGCAAAACACCUACGUAUAUAUUUUAAAACAAAGUCAUAACAAGCCAUAUUCAGAUUUAAAUGGUUGUAUAGACAAAUAGUAAUAGGUAGUUUUCAGUGACAUUAAUCUUGCCUUUCUUCAUACAAAAAGAAUUCCGUUAAAUAGAUAAAUUAUUACUUUGCAGGCCAUAACUCUUUCUACCAGUCGUCACACAUCGUUUAGCUUUUUAGUUGAUGUGUGUUACAACUGAAUCUGUAACUGGAAAACCUCCUCUGAUCAUCGUGCAGCUGUAACUUUAAGCACCUUUUUUACAGAUUCCUACAUGGACUUACUGGAUCUUUUUUUUAUUUUUUUAUCUCCUAUUCGUAUUUAUCUUCACAGGGAUGGCAUAUCAAGUGCUGGCCACAUUUGCAGCACAACUGUACCUAUGUAUUACUUUUCUUUUCUUUUUGUUUCCUAAAACAGAAUUGAAUGUUUUACCUCUCAUCUGCCUCAUUCAUGAUCUUUUCCAUGUGCAUUAUUGCCAAAACCGUGUUUAGAUAGAACCCAGGGUGGCUUAUUUUUAGAGUUGGUAUCCUGGCUGAACACUAGUGAGCCGCACAAUGCAUACAGAUCAUAUACCAGCUGUAAGGUAAAAGGCUUUGUGCUGAGAGUUUGAAGUGGUGUUUGGAUGUGAGCAGGGCUCCCCCACUGAGCAAUGAUAAGUGCGUGUGCGCGUGUGGAUGUGUUACCUUGUUGCCUUUUAACCACUUUCCUGUUAAAAAGAACGAGAGGUAAAACAAAACGUUUCAGCCCCUUUGCCUUUUGUUCAACUGAUGCUACUGCAACUGAUAGUAGUGAGCUUUGUAAAUAUGGUGUUUAA